AUGGCCAGAACAUUUUCUGUGACUGAUGACGAUUCAAUAAGUGAACAAGCAAUUGAUAUGGUUCGAGUCAACUUACAAAAAAUACCGGCAACUACGCAAAAUAGUAAUACAAAUUUAACAACAGAAUAUGAUCAAACAGAUGACCAACAACAAACAAUUAUUAAUGAUUUUCUGUUACCAAUGAAUAUGGGUUUAAUGCAUGAUGCAAACAGAGAGUAUGAACAACCAAACUUAAGCACAUUUAGAAAGAUUGAAUAUUUACUGGAAAAAAUGCAAGAUGAAAACAAUGGUCUUCCAAUUAAGUCUGUUAAAAGUUUUAUGUCAAAAAUUCCAUCAGUAUUUACCGGCGCAGAUUUGAUUCAGUGGAUAUUGAAGAAUCUUGAUGUAGAUGAUACGAUUGAUGCGCUCCAUCUAGGAAAUUUAAUAUCGGCACAUGGAUAUGUUCUUCCGAUUGAUGAUCAUGUGCUAACUGUAAAAAAUGAUGGAACAUUUUAUCGCUUUCAAACUCCAUAUUUUUGGCCAUCAAAUCAUGUUGAACCAAAUAAUAUCGAUUAUGCUGUUUAUCUGUGUAAAAGAACUAUGCAGAAUAAAACAAGAUUAGAAUUAGCAGAUUAUGAAGCUGAAAAUUUGGCACGUUUACAAAAACUAUUUGCAAGAAAAUGGGAAUUUAUUUAUAUGCAAGCAGAAGCACAAAUCAAGUAUGUCAAAGUUUUAAUUCCUUUUUCUCAUUUAGACAAAUUGUCCUUCUAUUUAACUUUGUUACUGAUUGAUCAAAUUCAUUUUAUUCUACUUAGAGUUGAUAAAAAACGCGAUAAAGUUGAACGGAAUGUAUUAGAUAGUCAAGAGCGAGCAUUCUGGGAUGUUUAUCGGGCAGCACCUGGUUGUAUCAAUAUGACAGAUCAAGAUAUCAAAAAAUUAAUGAGACGUAAAACGAGUAAUGCUGGUUUUCAUAUUACUUCACAUUCAUCAUCAAAUAAUCGACGUUCAUCAUCAACCACAUCAACUCCAGCACCUGCCUCAGCAUUAGCAGCAGCUGCCAAUCGAAAUUUAAUUACAUUAACAGCCAGUCUUUUUUCUUCUGUACCACCUCCGGCUGCUCGACCCACACAAGCACCAUCACCACCAGCGUUACGUGAAUGUGAUGAAACACGAGAAAUUGAUAAUUUAGUUCAUGAAAUUGAAUUUUUAAAACGUCGCAUCGAACGUCGUUGUUUAAAAACAUCAAAAGUAUGCGAAAGUUAUAUUAAUUAUUAUGAACAGUAUUCCGAAUUCGAUCCUUUUAUGACUACAUGUGAACCAAGUAAUCCGUGGAUAUCUGAUUCUAUUGAUUUAUGGGAAUUAGAAAAAUUUGGUUCACGUGAUAUAUCAUCGAGACGAGUGAAACGAUGGGGCUUUUCCAUUAUUGAACUAUUAAAAGAUUCUGUUGGACGCGAUCAUUUUUGGAAAUUUUUAGACAAAGAAUACAGUAGCGAAAAUUUAAGAUUUUAUGAAGCAUGUAUUCAGUUAAGAUUUCAUAUACCACAAAAAGAUGUGGCGAAUAAAGUAAAAGAAAUUUAUAAUGAAUUUUUAUCACCGGGAGCCUAUUAUUCAAUUAAUAUUGAUCAAAGAAUAAUGAAUUUAACCAAACAAAAUAUGAGUAAUCAUUCAAGUAGAUACACAUUUGAUGAAGCUCAAGAACAUAUUUUUAAUUUAAUGACACGUGAUACUUAUAAUCGAUUUCUACGUUCGGAACUUUAUAAAGAAUUACUUAUGGGUGGUAAAAAGAAGUAUGGUCUCAAAACGGGACGUUUAUCAAUUGUCCGACCAUUGGAAAACUUGACCAAAUUUUCAACAUCACAAUCACAAUGA